AUGAAAGAAGAAGAAAUUCUGAAUUUAUAUUCAACAAAAUCUCCUUUAUACUAUAUUGCAUGGGAUAAAGUUGAUGAUCUUAAGAGUAAAUUCCCAAAUCUUGAUAUUAAUGAGCAAAUUGAUUAUUAUAUCACACCACUUGACUGUGCAAUUAAAUAUGGAUCAGAAUUGUGCUUCAAUUACUUGAAAAAUUUAGGAGCACAAUACACCGAUAACUCCGAAGAAUAUGCUGUUCAAGGCGGGAAUAAAAAUGUUUUUAUGCAAAUGAUAGAUGAAGGUAAAUCAUUUGAUAACAUGGUUAAUAUGGCAUUGGAUUAUCGACACUUUGAAAUUGCUGACUACCUUAAAACAAAUUUUGAACAAACUCCAAAUUCAAUAGCAGAAAGUAUGCAUUUCGGAAAUUAUGAUAUUGUAUCUUAUUUACUUAAUAAUGGAGAAGAUAUUAACAAAAUUUAUAAUCUCAUUCUUUUCAAAUUUAUCAUAGUUUUAUAA